AUGAAGUUACUAUACUCUCUUCUGGUAGCUACAACAUGCGUUCUCGCACAAACGCCAGGCCAGGCGUCUGGAGCAGGAAAGACUGGUCCCGGCGGUCUGACUAUCAAUCCUGGAGGGGAGUACAAGCGGUCGAUGGUUGGAACAGACUUCUCAACGAACAACACUUACCGGAAUCCGAUCAUGACAAUUAACGCUGGCGAUCCGUUCAUGACCCGAUACAACGAUUGGUAUCUCUUCACCUUUUCUACUAACGACAACAUCACCAUCAAACGCUCACGCAGCCUCACCGCGGAUUGGGACUAUGCCGAGACGAAGGUCGUCUUCACCCCCGAUGCCGCUGAAGCCUGCCCUUGGUGUACUGACCUUUGGGCUCCCGAAAUCCACAACAUCAACAACAAAUGGUACAUCAUCUUCAGCGCGACGCCAGACGCUGACAAUCCGCUGCCUCUGCUGGACGCCAUGUGCCCGUACGCAUGUCCAGCGAUUAACCAUCGCAUGUUCGUGCUUGAAAGCUCUGGAUCGGAUCCAUGGACCAGCAACUACUCCAUGAAGGGCGAGUUGGACACUUUCGAUCAGUUCGCGAUCGACGGGACCUACUUCAAGUUUAAGGGCGAGCUGUACCACAUCUACAGCUGCUGGGAGAACAAGUACAGCGGCUGGCCAGCCAACCUCUGCAUCACGCACCUCUCGAACCCGUGGACAGUCGACUCUACCCUCCUCGAACGACGCAUGAUCUCCGUCCCAAACAACCCAUGGGAACAAGUGCCCUACGGUCGACCGGGACGUUUAGCAACCAACGAAGGACCUCAGCAAUUGACAAACCCAAAGACAGGACAGAACUUCGUCCUCUACUCCGCGGCCAGAGUCAACACGCCCUUCUACUGCGUCGGAAUGCUGGAGCUCGUCGGAGAAGAUCCGGACCCGAUGCAAUAUUCGUCUUGGAAGAAGCAUAAUGAGAAUUGCGUCUUCCAUCAGAAUCCGUCGCAGGGUGUUUAUGGGACGGGACAUGCUUCGUAUACGACGUCACCGGAUGGUACGGAGCCGUACAUUGUGUAUCAUGCUUUGACGACCGACAAUCCCGAACCUGCGCUGUACCGUACGACCCGAACGCAGAAGUUCAAGUUCGGCGAGGACGGUUUUCCAGUCUUCCCGGCUGCGGCAAAUGGUCCGUUCCCGCUGCCUUCGUAG